AGAGCGCAUUGACACAACGUGCGAAGGCUGUCCAUCUCGAGCGCCAUCUUCAGGAACCACGUGAUUGACAAGCGUCUUCGUUCACUUCGCGCAGUUGGUUCGGUUGGUGUCGGAGUGGCAGCGGGGGAAACGAAGGCUGCCUAAACAGAUUCGAACAACAUGGCUGAAGCAGCCGGCUUCACAGCAGGUGGAUUUGGGUUGGGACGUGGACGCGGACUUAAGCCUGCCGUUACUGGUGCUUCUGUUCCAGCUGUAGGAGGCUUCGGAGGAGCCAAUAACGGGUGGAAUGGCAACGCAAAUUCUGGCUGGGAGAACGGUGGUUCUGCCAAGCCGCAAGCGGCGUCUUCUGGUUGGGGCGCUUCGAACGGCGCAACCGAAACGUCUUCUGGAUGGAACGGCGGUGCAACAAAUGCCAACAACAACCAUGUUCCUGCGGCGGCAACGACUCGCGAGGACGAUCCUUGGCAGGAGGACACCUCCAACGACACUUCUUCGGGGUGGCAGGCAGAGCGCUCGACCUACGGUGGCGGGGGAGGACGCUCUGGUGGAGGCGGCGGAGGAAGCAGAGCCUGCUUCAAGUGCAACCAGGAGGGUCACAUGAGCCGGGACUGUCCCAAUGCGGAUUCUGGCGGCGGGCGCUCGGGCGGAAGAGGCUGCUUCAAGUGCGGCGAGGAGGGCCACAUGAGCCGAGAGUGUCCCAACGCAGACUCCGGAGGAGGCCGGUCUGGUGGAAGAGGCUGCUUCAAGUGUGGUGAGGAAGGUCACAUGAGCCGGGAAUGCCCCAGCGCAGACUCUGGUGGAGGCCGCUCUGGGGGCAGAGGCUGUUUCAAGUGUGGCGAAGAGGGCCACAUGAGCAGGGAAUGCCCCAAUGCUGACUCGUCUGGUGGCGGUGGUGGCGGCGGCAGUCGUGCGUGCUUCAAGUGUGGCGAGGAGGGCCACAUGAGCCGGGACUGUCCGAGCGCCGGCGGUGACGGGGACAGGCCCAAGAGAGGUUGCUUCAACUGCGGGGAGGACGGCCACAUGAGCCGGGACUGCCCGAACCCUAAGCAGGAGCGCAGCAAGGGCUGCUUCAAGUGUGGCGAGGAGGGCCACAUGAGCCGGGACUGCCCCACCGCGGGAGAAGGCGGGGACUCGGACCGCCCCAAGGGCUGCUUCAAGUGCCAGCAGGAGGGGCACAUGGCCAAGGACUGCACCAAUGAAGCGGUGCCGCGCAUGGGGCCGGACGGCAAGCCGAUGGAGGCGCCGUACGUGCCCCCUUCGAUGCCGACGGACGAGAGCAGCAUCUUCGAGGGAAUCUCGACGGGCAUCAACUUCGACAAGUACGACAGCAUUCCGGUGGAGGUGUCUGACCCCAAGUUCCAGGUGCCCUUCACCUCCUUUGAGGAGAUGGGUCUGUGUGACCUGCUCCUGCGCAACCUCCGACGCGCCCAGUACACCAAGCCCACGCCCGUCCAGAAGUAUGCCAUCAAGAUCGCACUGGGAGGGAGGGAUCUGAUGGCCUGCGCGCAGACGGGCUCUGGCAAGACGGCUGCCUUCAUGCUGCCCAUCCUGCACACGCUGUUGAGCGACCCGGCGCUGGACAACCCGUCCCACCGGGAGGUGCAGACACCCCAGGCGGUGAUCCUGUCUCCCACGAGGGAGCUGGCCAUCCAGAUUGCCCACGACGCUAACAAGUAUGCCUACGACUCGAUCCUGAAGACGGUGCUCUGCUACGGGGGCACCUCGGUGGGGCACCAGCUGUCGCAGCUCUCGAGGGGCUGUCACAUCCUGGUGGCUACCACGGGGCGCCUCAAGGACUUCGUCGAGAAGGGCAAGGUGUCCUUUGAGAACCUGCGCUUCCUGGUGCUGGACGAGGCGGACCGCAUGCUGGACAUGGGCUUUGAGCCGGACGUGCGCUGCCUGGUGGGGCACCCGACGAUGCCGGCCAAGGGCAGCCGGCAGACCCUCAUGUUCUCGGCCACCUUCCCGGAGGCCAUCCAGAUGCUGGCCAGGGAGUUCCUGGUGGACAGCGUCAUGCUCAGCGUGGGCAUCCUGGGUGCCGCCAACUCGGACGUCAAGCAGGCCAUCUACCAGGUCACCCAGUUCGACAAGCGCAACAAGUUGCUCGAGAUCCUUGGCGAGGAGGGAAGUGACAGGGUGAUGGUGUUUGUGGAGAAAAAGAAAACUGCAGAUUUCUUGGCUGCAUUCAUUUCCCAGAAGGGCAUCAAGACUACCAGUAUCCAUGGGGACCGCUACCAGCGCCAGCGGGAAGAGGCACUGGCCGACUUCCGCCGCGGCACGUGCCCAGUGAUAGUGGCUACGGCCGUGGCGGCCCGCGGCCUGGACAUCAAGGACGUGCGCCAUGUUGUGAACUACGACCUGCCGCAAUCUGUGGACGAGUAUGUGCACCGUGUGGGGCGUACAGGCCGUGUGGGCAACCUGGGCAAGGCCUCGAGCUUCUACGACUCCGAGACAAACGGCGCUUUGGCCAGGCCCCUCAUCAAGAUCCUUUCUGAGUCCCAGCAAGAAGUACCUGAUUGGCUGGAGAAUGAAGCCAAGUAUGGCGGAGGUGGCGGCGGCGGAGGAGGUUUCGGGGGCGGCGGCGGUGCCAAGAGCUACAACUCGGACUCCUGGGGCUCAAGUUCUGGUGGAGGCGGCGGCGGAGGCGGCUUCAACCAGCCUGUGGCGGAGGAGGAAGACUGGGGAUAGGGCCAGAUCCUCCUUAGCCUUUUUUUCCAAGUGUCUGGUUGCCAGCAGCAAGAAUGCAGCAAGUGACUGUGCGCGGCGGUGUGUUGCGCUUGUUUUGUUUUUAAGGCCCCGUUUGCUUUUUCCUAUGGCCCAAAGUUUCCAAAAAAAGUUGUAUAUAUAUGCCGUUCCCUUCACCCGUAGAGUAAAGAGAUUUUACUUGACGUCUCAAUAAAAGUAUUUUGAUGAAAUU